AUGAGCGACAGCGAUAGCGAUUACUUUGACGAAGACGCGCACAUCGGCGGCGGCGAUGGAGAGGAACAGACGACGACGUUCGCGCCGGGUGAGGCGUCGUUGAACGUCGACGUCGGGUCGUCGUUAUCGUCGAAUGAUUGGGCGGACAUCGAUAACAGCGAUUUAGUGGCAAAGGUGCGAGGGAGCGCGGGGUUCCGAAUCAUGCGAGAGAUCCAGCCGUGGGACGGGGCGCUGGACGCGCCGCCGGAUUUGAUCAAAAAUAAGGUUUUUGAAUAUUUUUACGUUCAGCGGAAGGAGAGCGAUGUGUACAAGGCUCUGGCGAAGGAGUGUUUUCCGUCCGAGUAUGAGCGAGCCGGGGAGGAUAAGGGGGAGAAGAAGCGGCUGUCGAACCUGUGGCCCGGGGCGAUUAUCGACGAGCUCAAGGCAAUGCGAGACGCGGCAAAGCACACGCUGAGGUGGUUGAACGCGAUCAAGGAGGCGCAGCCUGGUGAUUUGUUGUUCUUGAAGCGCGAGGCGCUGAAUCACGGCGAAGGGAGCGUGCAGGCGAUCGCAGGUAAGAUUGUGUGGAACAGCGUGAGCAACAGGAUCAAGGAUCAAACCUUCGCGGCCAUGCACGCGUGGACGAACAAGUCGGGGGCGCAGUCCGGGGGUGUGGCACGCAUGUACAAGCACCAACACGAACUUAUCGAACAGUUGGACAAGCACUAUGCGGCGACGGCGAAGGCGAAGGAGGCUGUGAAGCCGCUCCCGAAACCCCUACAUGUGAUUUUGUCAACGCCGACGGGUUCUGGAAAAACGUUCACCGCCAUUCUCGUCCAUCUGCGUUUGUUGAAGGUGAAAUAUCCAGACAGUAUUUUGGUGUAUUCAGUGCCGACCAAGCAAGUUUUGAAGCGCGUCGGUCAGGAGUGCGAGGCACACGCAGUGCCAUACUGGACCGCCGCCCGCGACGCCUCGGGGGACGGAACCCUUCACCAAGUUCGUCGUCCGUACUCCAUUCGUGACAAGGCUCGAAACAAGAAGGCGCUCCGAGCCGCUCGCGCGAUCGGUGAAAAGGUGAGCGCCGGCUCCGGUACCAUCCAGCAACAGCUCGAGUACGCUGCUGAUGUAGGUUACAAGCUCAAGGAUCACGGCGCGGGUAAGCCGGACAUCAUCAUCGCUGAUCUUAACACAACUGGCGCGUUGCUUAAAGCUGCCGCGCAGGAGUCCGAGAGCUCAUUCUAUCACCAAUCGAAGAUUCUUUUGUACUUUGACGAACCAAACAUGGGGAUCCACCUCGACCCCAACGUUUUGGGUGUCGUGUCGACCAUCCAGGCCAACAUGCCGCACACCGCCGUGCUAGCGUCGGCCACGCUCGGGGCCUGGGAAGGUCUUGAACCUUGGUGGCGGGGUCCGCGGGAUGCAAAUCAGAUCACAAUCAGCUUAGAGCCGUACGAACUACCUAUGUCCAAGCUUGCUGUGUUCAAUGAGGGUACGAGUGAGUUCAUUCCGAUGAGCACGCUCAACGUGUUCGAAAACUAUGCCGAGUAUCAACGCGUCAUGCAAGACUACCGCUUGCCUUGCCUGCUGUUGCGUCACUUGUCGUCGCGACACGGGAACGACUUGUUGCAGAUCACGCCUCCGGGUGGUGAGUGGGAAAAAGUCCAAGGUGACGUCAAGACGCUGCGCCUGGCCAUGGAACCAACGUUCACCAACCUCUCGCAGGCAGACUUUGAAAGGCUGCAAGUCCGUUGGAAAACCGGCGAGGAUGCCCCAAGCAAGGUCGACGGUAUCCGUGGCGCUCUUUCGAAGGAGGGUGUAACCAUGGUCGGUUGCCUCGAUCCUCGUAAGAUGGCGUUCGAGCUCGCUGGCUUUGGCAACCAAGAGGCAUGGAUCCAAGACGUUCACAAGAUGAACAACAAGCUCAAGGAGGCGGAGCGUAUUCUUAAGGAAAACGCGAAGGCUGAAAAGCGCAAAAAGAAGGAGGAUGAAGAGGCCGACAAGGAUGGCGGUGACGAGGGUGCAGUUGGAAUUGUGACCCUCAGACCGAUGUUGAAGAUUAGCCUCGCCGAAGCGCUUGAAGCCGACAUCAACACCUUGGUCAUGCUCUCCAAGGGUAUUGCGUACGCGUGCGGUACGGGGACUGAGCCCAUGGUGAAACGUUUGUAUAACCAGGCGCUUUUGACGGUUCCUGAUUCGCUCCGUGGCCGCUCGCCACCGCUCAAUGUAUUGGUUGUUGACUACUCCUCUAUCUACGGUACAGAUUGUCCAGCCGUCGAUACGUUGUUGUUGCAAGAGGAUCUGGGUCGACUUUUGGCGUGGGAAGAUCUUCAGCAGUUCCUCGGUCGUCUGCGAAGAGACGGUACCGCCGUUUUCUACUCCAAGAAGACAAUCCGACGAGCUACUCUCGGUGCCGCGAUUGAGGCGGAGGAGACCACGGUGCUCAUUGAGUUCCAAAAGUCGGUUGAAAAGGCAGUGCUCGAUCUCGAGAAGGCACAAAAGCGUGAUGUGGAAUCCGUUUCAUCUCUCAUCAGCGCGCUGUCUUCUUCAUCGGGUCGCACCGCGGGCGAAGUGGCUUCCUACGUCUUGGCUUCCAUCGUUGCCUUUGCCUUCACCGCUCCCGCACACUUGAAUGGCGCCGGCGUCUAUCCGGCGUCUAUCCCGGAGAGUGACAAGGAACUGUUGGCGGCCAUUGUCAAGAACAUCGAGGGUUACAGCGAUGCACUUGAGGGUGUUUUGAAGAAGAUGUCGGAGCAAGUCCGCGCCGUGAGCACGCUCGAGGCACUCGCACUUUCCGCCGAUCCGUUCGCAGCCAGAACUGGUGGCGCUCGCGUGCUCAAUAUCGCAGCGCAGUUGCUUAAGGCGUUGUACGAUGCCGAUAUUUUGGCAGAAGAGGCUCUCUUUGCCUGGGCGAACGCCAAGCGUAAGGACCUCCUCGCUGAGUCUGAUGGCGGCGACGCUCGCUUCUUCUCGAAGGUCAAGCCGUUCAUUCAGUGGCUCUCGGAAGCUUCGGACGACGAUGACGAAGAUAGUGACGAGGAAUAG